GUUUAUAGAGAGACAUCUUAUUUUAUAUAUUGCACAGCCUGGCCUUUGUUACUUAUAUCCUGCCAUCAAUGUUGCCAGUAAUUUUCAUUGUGUAGACAAUAUUACAUUCAAGGACGUAUCAGUCGAAUGUAUUUUAAGAAAGGGGGUGGGGGUAGCAGCAGCAAUGUCUAAUAGCUUUCCUUCUCAUCAGCAAAGUGCACUAUGGCAGUAGAUGGUUCAUUAGGCUGCAUCUGUGUGAGAUUUGUUGUUGUGAAUUACAUAAAACUUAAAACCGAGGUAGAUGUUGACUGGAAGGACAGUCUACAUCUCUAAAUGUGGUGGAAUCAAAAGCCAUUCAAAGCUGAUGUUCACACUGAUGAAGCUGGAUGGAGGGUGAAGUGAAGAACAGAUGCCGGCUGCAUGAUGGCAGUGAUAGACGAUGCCUGUUGGUGUGGGUUGACUUUAAUAACUGUCAAAUGUGAUUCAAAAGGACAAAUGAGCUGGUCACAUAGAGUGGAAAAAAACUGAGAGAGCAGCAAAUGCACCCACGUUAGUGGAUACAUUUUUCACUGAUUUAUUGAUGAUGUGUUUCUUAAUAUCAGUGUUGUUUGUACCGAUCAGAUGUUGAAUGUAAACAAAGACUUAUUAAAAGAAAGAAAACGUUUCAGCUAUUACCACAUAUAAAAGGGUAUUUCCUCAUCAAUUGCAGACAUAAUUAAUUCAGUUGGAGAAAUGCAAUCUACAAAAGUUGAUUAAAGCAAGUUAUUAAUAAUAUGCAUCAACGUUUUUUGAGAAAAGGCCACUCUAAAAAUUUAAAUAACUACAGUUGAAUUAAAAAUUAUUUGUCUUUGGAAAUUGUUAUAUGAAUCUCUUUUUUCUGAAACAAUAUUAUUCUUUGUUAUUCUCAUAGAUUCUAAAAAUGUAAUAUCUCAGUAAUCCUGAAUAAAAUAACUGUGAAAUGCAAAACACCUUUUUUAUUUCACAAACAGUAACAGCCUCAACAAAAGCUGUAACCCAGUAUAGUUAUAUUCAGUUGUGCAGUCAUGUCAGAUGAAUCCAUAGACAUUUAAAUAUUAGUUUUGAAAGUCCUCCUCACAAUCAAUGAGGAUCAGCGUUGGUGAAAGUCAGUGACUGAGCUGACUUUGAAAUCGUCCAUUGCUUGUGACAUCGAAUAUAAUAAUAUGGUAAUAUAUAAAAUCAUCUUGCAAACAUAGUGUAAAACAUAGCUCAUGAAAAUCUUGUGACGGGAACAGCAUUCGACUGAUGGAUCGCACUGCACUUGUAUUACGUCAGAAACUAUGAAACCCGGCUGCUGUGGAAAGGGACCAGCUGGUUGCUGCGUGAGACUGCCGGUCGCCUCCCUGUCACCUAGUUGGUUCAUUUCUAAACCGCCACGCUCUGUUUAUUUUGCAGUUCCAGACGAUUAAUGACAGAUGACUUUUUAGUCACUGCUAAAGAUCAAUCUGUCCUCCCGGGGGAUGAUUAUGAACGCAGCGGCUACUUCAAAUAAAAGUGGAGGGUUUGGUGUUUUAGUGUGUCUCUGCUGGUCAACUGUGCUGUUUGUUGGAUUUAUCAUUUGGAAACGAGCAGUGAGAUACGUUUUUCCCUGCAGGCAUGAUACUGGGAGGUCAGCCUGGAUGGGCAUGAUGAUGGAGGAGGCGGCCAGUCAGCUCGAGAGAGACCAUGUUCACAGUGUCUAUGACAAGAUUGCUCCAUAUUUCAACGACAGUCGCUUUAAAGCCUGGCCGAAGGUCCGACAGUUCCUGCUGGACCUGCAGCCGGGGAGCAUCGUGGCUGACAUUGGUUGUGGCAAUGGCAAGUAUCUCCACAUCAACAAGGAGGUGUUCAAGCUGGGAUGCGACGUUUGUCACCCCUUGGUGGACUUUGCCUGGAGCCAAGGACACGAGGUCCAGAUGUGCGACGGACUGCACUUGCCUUACAGAGACAGCUGCUUCGACGCGGUGCUCUCUAUUGCAGUCAUCCAUCAUUUGUCGACCAAAGAACGUCGUAUUCGAGCAAUAAAGGAGAUGGCUCGCACCCUGCAAGUGGGUGGAAGCAUCAUGAUCUACGUGUGGGCCAUGGAGCAGAAACGUCGCAAGUUUGAGAAACAGGACAUCUUUGUUCCCUGGAACCCAAACCCUCACUCGCCCUCCGGCUUCACCGGGGAGCACGCCAGACCCAGAAGGAGGGCCACGGCUCAGAGCGAGAGCGAAGCCAUAGACAACGCUGACAAGCACAGGAAGGUUCGAAGCACAUCCUCUGUGACGGACGAGGAGGAAGAUCUGACCUGCACCGCGCAGAGCACACAAAAACUGUGGUUCUUCUCCAGGUCCCUGGAUUCUGUGUUUGACUUUGGGAGCUUAGCCGUCUCCCGGUCGCCCUCCAGAGACAUCAGCACUUUAUCUUCACCCUCGGGUGAGAACGAGGGGAACAAGGCCAGCCAGCGCGGGAGACGGCGGGGCCUCAUCAAACAGGUGUCGAGCUUCUUUUACCCGUCGCCUGUGAUCGGAUCGGAGGACGUCUUCGACUCCGUCACAGACCUGCACAAGGGACGAAAUGAUCCCAGAGGCGGCAACAACAACAACCACGGCACACAGAACCCAAGUGUCCCAGUAUCUCUAGCCCAGGAGUGUGGCUCUCUGGCCCUGCCGGAUCUGGUCCCUUUCCAGAAGGAGCACCUGAAGCAGUCUGGAGCUGAAAGGGAAGGAGGGCCGCAGGGAAAAGAGCAGCAGGAAAGCACAAGUAGUCCUCGGGGGAAGGAGGGGCCGGCGGAGGGCUCCUGCCUGAGGUACUAUCACGUCUUCAGGGAGGGAGAACUCGCAGAGCUGAUAGAGAAUCAUGUUGAAGAGCUUCAUGUCACACACACCUACUUUGAUCAUGCCAACUGGUGUGUGGUGGCAGAGAAAGUUCACUUGUGGAAAAUAUGAUUUUAACUUGUUAGAUGUGUAUUGUUUGACAUCAACUCUGGCUCAAGUUUUAGCACAGAAUCACAAUUAAAAAAAAAAAUUUAUUCUGUCAAUACAUGAAACCAAGAAGCUGAAUCCACAUGUGCAGUGUGUGUGUGUGUGUUACCUUUUUAGUAUCAAGAGCAUUAGUUUUUAUUACCAAACCACAGCGAGCUCCAGCACACUGAUGACUUUAACUCUUUUUAAAAGAGCAUUUCUGCACGAGAUUUUAAGAAACGUUUCUCUCUUUGGACUUUUAAUAUUUGCCAAAGAGGAAUUUAUGGGAAUACAGUACACUCGUAAACUUACUCUUAAAUGUUUAUUACAGUGCACAUUUCUUAUUUAUAUUGUUGUUUUAACAUGUCCUUGAAUCUGUAAUAUGAGCUAAGUAUCUGUUAUGGACUUCCUGGUCAGACUCUGUAAGCUGCUCUUGUGUAAUCUCUUGUACCACUAUCAUAAGAGCUCAAAGAUUUGCAGAAUAUCUUCCAACACAUUUGUUUUCACAAGUUUUCUCCAAGCAUUCCAAAGAAUGUGCGUGUUCUUGAUGUUUGUAAUAGUUGUAUAGUCUUGUGUUGAAGUAACACAUGCACUGCCUCAUAUACUGUGAAUGAACAUUGCACUGUACCACAAAUAUGUCUCUUAGAUGGUAAAAUCUGAAACCUAUGGGCGGAGCCUAUCCUUAUCAAUACAGUAUGUGUGGACCAACUGUGUUUGUUCUUAAGUGACACUACCUUUUAAUGGUUUAUGUAAAUACUGAGUUUGAAUUUGGUUUUACUUCAUAAAUAUUUUUGUUUUUGA